AUGGGCGUCGUAUCAUGUCAAGCAGGUGGAGUGGGCAGUGUCAUUGCACCGACGCUUGUCACUUCCAUGGACUCCAAAAAGGAUGCAAAAGAUCAAUCAAAAAAGACCCUCUCCUCCUUUGAUCCACUGCGAUAUGGAUCACUGUGGAGGGAAUUUGGAACACAGACGAAGGUUGCUUCGGAGCAGGAAUUUGAAUUGAUAAACUACCUCUUUCACAAGCAGGGCUACAAUCCGUUGAUUCGUCCUGUGGCAAACAUCUCCGAGGCGCUACGAGUCGACCUCGGCCUCUGCAUGAUUCAACUCAUACACAUUGAGACGAAGUGGAAGCAAAUGGAGAAAACACUUGACCUUUUAAAUGCGGACGAGAUAAACAAAUUCUUCAGAUUGGUUUGUGUCGGAUGGAAAGGACAGUCAUUGCCGUCCGUUAACCCUCUCUUUUUCCAACUCAAGGUGUGGCGAGACUAUCAACUGACUUGGGAUCCGGCAAAGUAUGGCGGUCUAAGGGUGAUUCGUGUGCCCCACAAUGAAGUCUGGAAGCCAGACAUAGUACUCUUUAAUAAUGCCGAUGGAAAUUAUGAGGUUGUCUGGCAACCCAAUCUCCUGGUUCACUACGAUGGCUCGAUACUGUGGAUGCCCCCAGCGGUCUAUGAGAGUUCCUGUGCCAUCGAUGUCGAGUAUUUUCCUUUCGAUGAACAGGAGUGCGAAAUGAAGUUUGGCAGCUGGGCAUUUGAUGCCUCGAGGAUUUCUCUCGGUUUUUACUCCUCUUUGGAUUUCGUCGACCUCUCCGACUACUGGCGAAGCGGCACCUGGGAUCUAGUUGAUGUCCCUGCUCGCAUUGUGAACACUCACAGUGGCGGAGUGAACAACACCUAUAUCAUCUACACCAUCAAGUUGCGUCGCAAGACGCUCUUCUAUACGGUCAAUUUGAUUGUGCCCUGCGUGAUGCUCUCACUGCUGAGUAUCUUUGUGUUCUACCUGCCCUCUGAUGCAGGCGAGAAAGUGACACUAGCCAUCAGCAUUGUCGUUGCUUUGGUGGUUUUCCUCAUCCUCGUCAGUAAGAUCCUUCCACCCACUUCCACAACAAUUCCACUAAUCUCACGAUACCUCAUGUUCACCUUCGUCUCCGACGUCUUUGCUGUAUUUGUGACAGUUCUGGUGGUGGACUGGAAUUACCGGUCUCCCAGGACUCACACUAUGCCGCGUUGGAUCAGGGUACUUUUUAUACAAUUACUUCCGCCCCUUCUCCUUCUUAAUCGCCUUCAAUACCCUGAUGCCGAGAAGGUGGAAGUGGAGGAGGAGGAGGAGGAAAAUGAGAAAAAAAAUGAAAAGAAUACGUCAUUGCCCUCAUACUUUGCAGUUAAUCAGUUUUCCUCGGACAACGGGGAUGCCUUUAUUCAGAAUUUUCCUGAUAGCGCCUCGCCUGACAUUACCUCCUUCGCAACCACUAACUCUAUGGGAGGAAUUGUGGUGGACGCCUUUAUGACGACAAAAAAUGGUGGAAACUUCUACGAAAACCUGCAAACUCUAUGCCUGACCGCAUCAGAAAGUCAGUUAUCUGACAUUUCUCUGGAAAGUCAAACAACUUCAAAUGGGAGGGAAGUGAUUUCGUUAAAAGGCGAGGUGAAAAUUCUCAAGCUUCGUCAAUCUCCACACCGAAUUGGAGCGGGCAGAUGGCGACAGGCUACUGAAACGACGGCAGCCACGGUUAGAAUGCGGAGCCAGGAUGGCUUGAGUCUACUCGACGGUCUUAAGGCUGUUGAAUACAUUUCGGAUCGAUUAGAUGAGAAGCAGAAGGACCAAGUUGUGGUUCAAGAAUGGAAAUACGCGGCUUUAGUGAUAGAUCGUCUCGUCUUGGUCAUAUUCACCAUCACCUCCAUUGUGGUGGCCCUGAGUCUGCUAACCAACGCGCCGUCCCUCCUGUCGCCCAUCGACCAGGACGCCGUCAUCAACAAGUAUUCUGUGUUGAAGAGAAUCUAA